AUGAAGCUUCAUAUCGCACCACCUCUUAUUAUCUCGGCCUACGUGUUUUCUGUAUCCAUUUUCCACAACACUGUUAAUGCCUUUUCGUUGCGCAUACCGAGUACCCACAGGACUGUUUUCCUUCCGCAAGUGACGUUGAAUGCCAAAAGAUGGAUGGUAGCAACGGGGGUAGAAACAAACGCUGCUGUGGCAACUCCAGAAAAUGACGAAAUCCAUCCUCGACGGGAUUGGACUCACGACGAGCCGCCCAAGUUGAGCGAAGUGAAGCGCAUGCUUCCCCAAGAAGCCUUCCACAUUGAUACAGCAACGUCACUUUUUUAUUUUGCGGUGGAUUUUAUCGCUGUAGCAUCCACUAUGGGAUUUCUGAACUCCGUCGUCUCAUCCGAUAUCUACCUUUCCUUCCCUAUCUGGGGCAAGUUCUUGGCUGUAGCCCCUUUACAGAUUUUGACCGGUUUUGCGAUGUGGUGCAUGUGGUGUAUCGGCCACGAUGCCGGUCACACUACUGUAUCCAAAGACCGGCGGUUCGGCGCUCUUAUUAAUAGGGUAGUUGGCGAAGUGGCGCAUUCCGCGAUUUGCUUAACGCCUUUCGUUCCCUGGGCCAAGUCUCAUCUGAAGCAUCACAUGGGACACAACCACUUGACGCGUGACUACUCGCAUCAAUGGUUUAUCCGAGAAGAACGAGAGUCGCUACAUCCACUUAUUCAACUGAGUCAUGCGACGCGAAAUUUACAGUUACCGAUACUUUACCUCGUUUAUCUCUUAUUUGGGGUUCCCGAUGGAGGACACGUCGUUUUUUACGGACGCAUGUGGGAGCAGUCUACCGCGAAGGAAAAGGCCGAUGCCGCGGUGUCCGUUAUCGUAUCCCUUGUCACGGCCGGUUCUCUGUGGAUCAAUAUGGGUUUGGCAAAUUUCUUCGUUGUUUGCAUGGUCCCGUGGUUGGUCCUGUCAUUUUGGCUCUUCAUGGUCACCUAUCUACAGCACCACUCCGACGAUGGUUUACUCUAUACGGACGAGACCUGGAGCUUUGAACGGGGCGCCUUUCAAACUGUUGAUCGUGAUUAUGGAACGUGGAUCAAUCGCAUGUCACAUCACAUGAUGGAUGGGCAUUUGGUCCAUCACCUGUUUUUCACUCGGGUUCCGCAUUACAGGCUCGAAGAAGCGACGAAAUCCUUAUAUGCAGUCAUGGCUGCGCGAGGGCAGUCACACCUGAUUAAAACGAUUGAUACGCCCGACUUUACGCAGGAGAUUGCCAAACAAUUCGACAAAAACUGGUUCUUUGUCAACGAAAAUCAGAUUGUACGCAAGUAA